UGACUCUUUCGCCUCAUCUACUCCUUUUCAAUCUUGACUGCCUCCACUGCUACGCGCGAUGAAUGUAUAGCCAAUCCACAGCACCAUCGCUCAUCCUCGGGAGAUAUCCGCAGAGUCUGCUAGACUAUGUCCUUGGCAUCUUCGUUGCAUCAGCAUCCGUAUCAUUUAUGGUCUUUGUGAUUGGCCUGUUCGUCAUAUACAAACGACCGCGUAUCUGGAAGAACGUCGCGUUUCGAAUUCUGUUGGUUAUCCAGAUUGUUAACUGCCUACGUUUCAUAUUCCGACUCUCUCUGAGUAGGGCUAAUAUUUCAAACGAAACCGGAUGUCGGAUUUUGCUUGCACUAAACAACGGUACAGUCGGAUUUGCCAUGUACCUUUGCAUGUACAUUGUUGUAUAUCUCCAGCUUACAAUCAUACACUCUCUUUCGCCGUCGAAGGUCUGGCCAAGAGUGCUGCUGAUGGCAAUAUGCGUGCUCUGCUCCUUUGGCCCACAAGUGGUCUAUCUUUUCAUUUCGCCCAGCAAGGUAGGGCUUGAGAGUUUCUGCCGCAUUCCGUUUUAUUCAACCACAGGGUACUUUUACGUGCUCAUCUCGACUGUCAUAGUCUGGUCCUAUGCUGCGGGUAUUGUCAGUCUAGCCAGUAUGGCAGUAAUCUCGAUUCACAUUAUCCGCACCCUGAAAUCUACCAGAAAAUACAUGACAAGUGACGAGUAUACUUACGCCACCCGCAGCUUGGCUUAUGGACGCUCUACAGCGGUGCUUUUGAACAGGGCGCUUCGGACGGUUGUAUGGUUCCCGAUAGCUCCAAUAAUAGCGCUAUGGUUCAAUUCUGCGCUGAUCAUUGCCCGAUAUUACACCCAGAAGCCAAUGCACAAUCUCGAGUACGUAAAUGUCUCCCUGCUUUCACUCAUGCCAUUCUUCAUGGCCGUCGCUUUUUUUGUCAACCCGUUGGUUCUAGACUUUAUUCGCGACUAUGGAAAGUCGUGGAGUAUGACCAGGCGCGAUCUAUCACACCAUGCUCAGAGGCGCAAACCUAGUGAACUCGAGGUUAGGUCAGACUUUUCUACACAGGCAACACUCGGUCGCAGCUCGUAA